CGUACCCGUCCCCACUCGUCGCCCAUCUUCCGUGACGUCACCCCAUUCUCCAUCGGUUCCCUUCCUCGCCUCGGUUCGCGGGUACCCGAGUCGCAGACGCACCUCAAUCGCAACCUUUUGGACUCGAAGGGGGGCAAUAGACAGCAGGGAAAGAACUGAGCGAGGAGAUUCCCAAGGAUCUCGUCGGACGCUAGAGGAAGGGACGGGGGACAGGCGAUGGCGGGGGACGCCGGCAGCGGGGUGGACUGGGAGAGCCUGGCGGAGGCCACCUCCGGGGCAAUCGGCUCGCUCGUCAGCACCACCGUGCUCUACCCGCUCGACAUCUGCAAGACCAAGUUCCAGGCCGAGCUUCAGACGCACCAGGGCGCGCAGAAAUAUAGGAACCUUUCAGAUGUGUUCUGGGAAGCGAUUUAUAAAAGGCAAUUUUUGUCCCUAUAUCAGGGCCUUAACACGAAGAACAUUCAGUCUUUUGUUUCCUCGUUUUUUUAUUUUUAUGGGUAUAGCUAUUUUAAAAGACUCUACCUGGAGAAGAGUGGAGCAAAGUCUAUUGGAACAACAGCCAAUUUGUUAGUUGCAGCUGCUGCUGGUGCUUGCAAUGCAAUCGUGACACAGCCAUUAGAUACAGCAACUUCUAGAAUGCAGACGAGUGCCUUUGGAAAGUCUAAAGGGCUGAGGGAAACUCUUGCAGAAGGUACUUGGAUGGAAGCAUUUGAUGGCUUAGGCAUUUCCAUUAUAUUGACUUGCAAUCCUUCUAUUCAGUACACUGCAUUUGAUCAGCUCAAGAAAAGGAUAAUUCAGAGGCAGCGACGCAAAAAUGCAGCAUCGGCAGAGGAUAAUUCCAUAGUGUCUCUUUCUGCUUUCUCAGCUUUUCUGCUUGGUGCCGUCUCAAAAAGUAUUGCUACAGUAUUGACUUAUCCAUUAAUCAGGUGCAAGGUGAUGAUUCAGGCUGCAGACCCUGAUGAGGAUGAUGACGUUGAUUCUGAAAGGCCAAGCAAGUCAAGAACACCAAAAACAAUGCUAGGUGCCUUGCAUGCUAUCUGGAGCAAGGAAGGCAUUCCAGGCUUCUUCAAAGGCCUGAAUGCUCAGAUCCUUAAAGCAGUUCUGAGCUCCGCCUUGCUGCUGAUGAUAAAGGAGAAGAUCUCGAAGUUCACAUGGGUCUCGUUGCUUGCCCUGCGGCGGUAUCUUUUCGUUUCUCAGAAGAGGAUCAAGAGUGUAACUGUAUAAAUACUAGCUCCAAACAUAGCGACAUCGUGCUUCUGUAGAUGUUAUGCCAAGGAAUUAAUCUGAGGAAUAAUGAGCAGAAAUACUGAAGCAAGAGAGUGUGUAAAGUGUGUAUGUGUGAUCGAUAGCAUCAGAGGGCUCUUCAAUAAGUUUGUUCAUUCUUUUUUCCCCUCUGAAUCUCUGAUAGCUAGUGACACAGGUGUUGCACGGAUCUGAAACUGGACUGUACUUUUGGCUUUGGUUGUCUGUAAUGUGUAAAAUGAAUUGAUUGGCAC